AUGAUGCCUAUCCGUUCGUCAAGGAGUGCCUUACGCACCUUGCCCUCACAGAGACAGCUCGUCUCGAAUCGCAGGCAUUUUUCCACUACUCUGGUCGCUGGCGCCGUUUCGCCCCACCGUACUUUCAAACGAGGACAGAGUACGGCCACUGCAUCGUCAGAGGCUCGUCCCGUGCCCAGUCCUGCCUUCAACCAAGAGACUCGAAAUGUGUCUCCUCUGGAGAACCGAAAACUACCUGAACUCGAUGACUCAUUCGUCGGACUCAGUGGUGGCGAAAUCUUCCAUGAGAUGAUGUUGAGACUAGAUGUUAAGCAUAUCUUUGGCUACCCCGGUGGUGCAAUUCUACCUGUCUUCGAUGCCAUCUACAACUCCAAACACUUUGACUUCAUUCUACCUCGCCAUGAACAGGGUGCCGGCCAUAUGGCCGAAGGUUAUGCCCGUGCAUCUGGAAAGCCUGGUGUGGUCCUGGUCACUUCCGGCCCCGGCGCCACCAACGUGAUUACCCCAAUGCAAGAUGCAUUGUCCGAUGGAACUCCCAUGGUCGUUUUCUGCGGUCAGGUGCCAACUUCCGCUAUUGGUACCGACGCUUUCCAAGAGGCCGACGUGGUCGGUAUCUCUCGCCCUUGCACCAAGUGGAACGUCUUGGUGAAAAGUGUGGCCGAACUCCCCCGACGCAUCAAAGAAGCUUUCGAGAUCGCGACUAGCGGUCGCCCCGGUCCCGUCUUGGUCGAUCUUCCCAAAGACAUCACUGCCGGUAUCCUCCGCAAAUCCAUUCCUAUGAACAGCACCUUGCCAUUCUACCCGACUACUGCCAGCGAAGCAGCUCGCGCUCUUGGACGUCAUAACCUCGAAAACACCCUCGACCGUGUAGCCGAUCUCAUUGGCGUCGCACAGAAGCCUGUCCUGUAUGUUGGUCAAGGCUUAUUGGCUCGUCCCGAUGGCCCCAAGCUUCUCAAAGAGUUUACCGAUAAGACCUCCAUUCCUGUAACCACCACUCUUCAAGGUUUGGGAGGCUUCGACGAGCUUGAUCCGAAGUCUCUUCACAUGCUCGGUAUGCAUGGAUCAGCCUACGCCAAUAUGGCCAUGCAGGAGGCCGAUUUGAUCAUUGCGCUGGGAGCCCGUUUCGAUGAUCGUGUCACCCUAAACGUUGCUCGAUUUGCCCCUCAAGCCAAAGCCGCUGCCUUGGAAGGCCGUGGUGGAAUCGUUCACUUCGAGGUCAUGCCAAAGAACAUUAACAAGGUUGUUGAGGCUACCGAGGCCGUCGAGGGUGAUUGUGCUGACAAUUUGGCCCUGCUUAUUCCCAAAGUGAAGGCUGUUCCUGAAAGACCAGAGUGGUUCGCUCAGAUCAAUGACUGGAAGAAACGUUUCCCAUUGACUCUCUACGAAGAACAGACUACGGACGGCCCUAUCAAACCUCAGGCUCUUAUUCAAAAGCUUAGUGACUUGACGGCUCACAUGAAGGACCGCACCGUUAUCACAACCGGUGUUGGUCAACAUCAAAUGUGGGCUGCUCAGCACUUCCGAUGGCGUCAUCCUCGCACUAUGAUCACAUCUGGAGGGUUGGGUACCAUGGGAUUCGGAUUGCCUGCCGCUAUUGGUGCUAAGGUUGCUCGCCCUGAGGCCCUUGUCAUCGAUAUCGAUGGUGAUGCUUCUUUCAACAUGACCUUGACCGAAUUGUCGACUGCUGCCCAGUUCAACAUCGGUGUCAAAGUCCUUGUGCUCAAUAACGAAGAACAAGGCAUGGUUACGCAAUGGCAAAACCUCUUCUACGAAGAUCGUUACGCCCACACACAUCAGCAGAACCCUGACUUCGUAAAGCUCUCGGAAGCCAUGGGUGUUCAGGCUCAGCGAUGUAGCAAACCCGAAGAAGUUGAAGAGAAGUUGAAGUGGCUCAUUGAGAGCGAGGGCCCUGCUCUUUUGGAAGUUUUUACUGACAAGAAGGUUCCUGUCCUUCCUAUGGUUCCUGCUGGCAGCGCCCUCCACGAAUUCCUUGUAUAUGACGAAGCCAAAAAUAAGGAGCGAAAAGCAUUGAUGAAGAAGCGUGGCGUCACACAGAUGCUGAACUAG